GCACAUGGCUGUGAGAUAUCCUCCAUAUGUACUCAACCUCAUUUUGAAGAUCUUGGCGAACACAAAGAAGUAUUGCAUGUGUAUCAACAAGCAGAAUAAUGGAGGACAGACUCCAUUGCAUUUGGCGGCACUGGGUGGGCGGCAUGACUUAGUCACCAUUCUACUGGACCAUGGUGUUGAUGCUGCACUUGUGGACUGUGCAGGCCACACCAUCUUGCACUGUGGUGUGCUUGGAUCAAUGCCCAGGGGGACUCUUGACGCAAUUCUGUCCCAGCCACAACUGGACCGCAAUGCGGCCAACAAAGAAGGCAAAACGGCUUUGCACCUUGCCGUGAUGAAGAGAGACCCUGGUGCCCUUCAAACACUCUGCCAAGCAGGCCUUGAUGUCAAUGCUGCUGCCAUGGAUGGUACUUUGAACAGGCCUAUUCAUUUGGCUGUCAUAGGAGACUUCGUCGAAGGUGUCAACAUUCUGCUGAGACAGGACACCAUCCAAGUUGCCGCGAUCAACAGCGAUGGCAUGGAUGCCUUGGGCAUUGCCCUGGACAUGAAACGAGAAGCCAUCGUGGAAAUACUAUGUGUGCACAGAGAGGCAUUGGAAGAAAAAAAGAGCAUCAGCGUGUGUGAAACGGGACAGUUUGAAAAGGACAGCAAAGAUCCAGAAACACUUUCUACCAGUGAUCUC